AAUUCUAAAAUAAAAACGAAACCAUUUCAUGAUAUUAUGAAAUUGUAACAAAACAAGAAGAAUUAUGAUUAUAGAAAUUUGACAAAAUGAAUAAGCCAAAAUCGAUAGUCGUGAAAUCGAAAUCGUCGAACAGUGCGAUAACAACCAAGUCAGAAUCAAGGAAACGCAAGAAAAGUCGGAGUCACGCUGAAAUCCAGCCUUUAAUGUUGAAGAAACGAGGAGUAUACGUGGAGAAGAAGUCUACUAAAAUGUCUAUUAACGAUAGAGAUUUGAGUCCUGUGGGACAAUCACUACCUACCCCGAGACCCCCAUCAAGUCCACGUCCAAUACCAAGACCAGGUAGAAAAAGAUUCCUGGCGUCAGUCCUCAAAAUCCUCUCCCAAUCGACAACUGGAACCCAAUAUCCAGACCAAGACAACUCAGAAAGAUUAAGGAAACAAGACAAAAUAAAAUCAAGACUAAGAAAGAAUAAAGAUGCUGAAAUAAUAAGAGAAGAUAUUAGCACAUCAACUACUUCCAAAAGAAAACCUAGAUAUCGUUCCAAAAUACUGAAUGAAGAUCAUCACGGGUCAGAUUUUGAACAACUCAUAGUCCUACAAUCUACUAAAGAAAUCACACACACACCCUCGAAUACUUCUGAGAGAAGUGAUCGAUUUAGGGACGCUGGCAGCUUGUACAAGGAACCAGAAACAAUCAAAUGGGCUGAUAUAAUACUACCCACUCCUAAAAAGAACUUAGACAUACCAAUGCAAGAAAAUAAUAAAGACAGAGAAUUUAAAGAGAUGACAAUAAAACCUAGAGAUAUAAAAGUCAAACCAAUUGACAAAGAUCCUUCGACUCUAAUAGCAGCAGUACCUAAAAAAGAUGACAAGAAGUUCUAUAAUUUCUUCUACGAUCUUCUUGAAACUACUUUUAGUGUGUACAAUGUUAAAACUGAAUUCAAUAACGUGCCCACCCCAUCUACGUUUUCAUCAAAAGUACAUUUCGAAAUUGAUGAAUCGGUUGCUAAGAAAUUGGCGAUACAUAAAACGAAAGAUUCACUUAGUGAAGAUAAAGAAUCGCUUCCUAGGUUCUACUGCAUCAAACCAGACAUAAAAGACAAUUGGGAUGACAAACAGUUACUAGAACAUUUUCUACCAAAACCUUUUAAACGUUCAAGGACAUUAUCUCCAACUAAAUCAGUAAAAAAACGUCAGAAGAUAAAACAAGAGCCAAUAGAAUACAAAAGGAAACCAAUACCCACAACAACUAGUGUACCAGUACCAAACAAGAAAACGCUGAAAAAAGAAAGAAAGAAAAUUUUUAUAAACAUUUUAAAGGACCAGCUAAAAAUGGAAGAUGAUGCGUUCGAGGAACCACGGAAUUUCUACCAAGCUUUAAAAAUAAUAGCACGCAAUAAGCGCAGAUGUAAAAAAUCUAUACAUUUCGCCGAGUCUAAGAAACCAAGCGAAGGAGACGUUCACGUAUGCCAGUUUAAAAGAAGAAGAUUAAUAUCAGCUAGCACUAAAUCUAGCAAAAAGUCUUAUAACCCGGAAAGCGGUUUUAUGAGAUCAAUGAAUUCAUUAUCCCGUAAUUCAGAUUACAGAAAUAAUUUAAAAAAACGCAAUAGGACUUGUACUACUGACACAUCAAUGGUGAUUCCUUCAGAGCAUUCUUUACAAGUUUUCGGCUUUGACUAUGAACCGAUCUGUAAAGCCCCAGUAAUCAAAGAAUUCCCGUCUUUUCCUCCUUCAACGGCAACGAGUGUUCAAGAUUAUGAAUUCAAUCAAUCUUUGCUGAUGAAGUUUACUAAUAGUACGACGAGUUCUAUUUUAGAGAGUUCUCAUCUUAGGACACAACAUGGACUUAGGUCCCUUAGUGAACUAUUAAACGGAUAG